GUGAAUGCGGUAUAGUCUAGUGGUACAGUAACGUCAUCAUUAUCAGUCUUCAGCCGAAUCUUAGCUGAGUUUUGAAUUUAAUUUAAAAUGAAGCUAGAAUUAAUUUUUUCUUUGAUAUUGAGUUUUAGUGCUGGAAUCUAUUGCCUUGAAAGGCCAAGAGGAGUUUCUAUUGAAAAGGCAGCAUUUUAUCAAGGAAGCACAACAUUCAGAUGUUUAUCAGAUGGCAAAUCCAUCCCUUUGGAACAUGUAAAUGAUGACUACUGUGAUUGCGCUGAUGGUUCAGAUGAACCAGGAACCUCUGCAUGUAGCAAUGGAUUAUUCUAUUGUGAAAACAAGUCAAUUAAAGGCAGUUACAUCAUGUCCUCGCGUGUGAAUGAUGGGAUCUGUGACUGUUGUGAUGGUUCUGAUGAAUAUGAUGGUACAAUCUCUUGUGAGAACCUCUGCGAGAAAAUGCUAGCAGAGAUCAGAGCUCAGCAAGAAGCGUUAAGAGAGAAACAAGAAGCUGGUUAUAAAGUUAAGCUUGAGUAUAUUCAGACUGGAAGGCGAACCAAAGAUGAGAAACUGUCUCAAUUGACAGAAUUAUCAAAAGAAAAGGAUCUGCUUGACAAAGAGAAAGAUAUUCUCAAAGCUGCGAAAGAGGAAGCUGAAGCUCCAGAAAAAGUGGCUAAAGAUAAACAUGAACAAGCCUGGGAAGCUGUGAAAGCUGAGCGCAAAAAGAGGCAAGAAACUGAAGCUGCUUCUCUAGCGUUUCUUGAUCUGGAUGUUAAUCAGGAUGGCCGAGUUGACUUCCCAGAAAUCAUAAGACACCCAGAGUUUGAUAUUGAUUCUGAUGGUACAGUUAGUGAGGAAGAGGCUAGGGAAUACCUGGAGGAAAGAGAGGAGGUUGAUUUAGAAACCUUCACAGAAAAGAUCUGGCCCAAUGUCAAAGAGAUUUACAAACCUUAUGGGUCAAUACAAGAAGAAACCAAGGAGGAAAAGAAGGAUGAAGCUCCAGCACCACCAGAGGUGCCUGAAGAAGCAGAUCCAGAAAUUCCACUUGAUGAUAUUAAAGAAGGAACUACAGAUGAAAAAGAUGAAAAAACUGAGGAGUAUGAUGAUGAUGAUGAUGAUACUGAAGAAGAUGAUGAUGAGGAAGAUGUAGAAGAAAAAAAUGAUAAUAAAGAUGUAAUUGAUAAAAAAUCUGAUUUGGAGCAGGUUGCUGAAGAAGAUAGGAUGCCUGAUUAUGAUGAUGAAACUAAGAGGUUGAUGGCAAUUGCUGAUGAAGCCAGACAAAAAUAUGACGAGGCUGACAAAAAAGUGAAAGAUAUUGACAACGAAAUUAACAACAUAAAGAAGUAUCUGGACCUUGACCUUGGGCCAGAAGAAGAGUUCUCUGUCCUGAAGGGCCAGUGCUUUGAGUACACAGACAGAGAGUACACUUACAAAUUCUGCCCCUAUGAGAAGACAUCUCAGAAACCUAAAGGUGGUGGUAUAGAAACUAACUUGGGUGUGUGGGGACACUGGCAUGGCCCAGAAGGUGACAAAUACGACUCCAUGAAGUAUGAGAAUGGCCAGAGCUGCUGGAAUGGGCCCAACAGAUCAUGCCAUGUAAAGAUCCACUGUGGAUCAGAGAAUGCUCUGACAGGUGCAUCAGAGCCAAGCCGCUGUGAGUACCAGUUUGAGUUUACAACCCCUGCCAGAUGCUCCCAGCCACAAGACACCCACCCCCAUGAGGAGCUUUAGUUCUGUCAAGAAAUGCUGUCAGUUUCAAUUUGUAGUUUUCUAACCAUCACACAGAAAAUUGUUAUUUUUGUAACAAGGAUGUAUGUUGUUCACUGUUCACUUUUACAUGCAGAAAUUGAUGCUCAACAAAAGAAUGUUUCCUUAUUUUUAUUUUUGUUAAAGCUCCCCAUAAUGUUUGAAUGUGCAUUAUGUUUAUUGAAGGAACAAUUAUAUUAUGUUGUUAAACUUA